UGGCCGCUAAUUCAAGUUAUUCUUUCAUUCGUUCUUUCGUGCCCGCCGAACGGGGGGAUAUGUAUGUAUGUGCGUACGAUUUUGGAGUUGCGAUUACUUGCGAGUUACCAUCUCAAUGUUCUCGAGUUACGAUACAUUUUCGAGUCAUGAAGUUACUCAUGAUUCGAAUAUACAUGUAAUCAGACACGGUGUUCGCGACACUUAAUUUUUCUACAAGAUUCGGAACGCACCCCGUGUCCAAUAAGAAAAUUCGAUUUUUAGUCAUUCUCGAGAGGCACAUUUUCCUAUUGGGCGUACAAGAUGCGUUGCGAAACCCAUCGGAAAAAAGUGUUGCAACUUUGACCACGCCGAUCGCGCGAAUAGUGUGACGACUGUGUCCUCGACGAAAUGUGAUCAAAUUUUUAAUUGAAUUGCAAAUUUGAAUUCGCAGCUUGAUAGACGUGACGGAGCAUUUUUAAUGUACCCCGCUGGUCAGGCGGCGCAAAAUUUGCUCGGCAAUGCGGUUGCAUUCGAUUAAAUUGCACCCUCUGCACUUUCUCUCUCGCCCUUUCUCCUUUCUUCGCCGGAGCUGAGCAUACGUAUAUAUGUACACACAUACACAUGUGUCUCCACCUCAUUUUUAACUUGCAGGAAAGUACAUUUGCGCUAUUGACCUCCUUCUGCCACAAAGUUCACUCGAUGUUUACACCUUGCACUCUUCGCACUCUCUCCAUCUCUUUCCCCUUUAUAAACGCGUAUGCGGGUAUCCUUUUCACUUGAAGUGUAAAAAGUGUAAAAACAAACCUAUGGAACGUGUAGUCGUACUGGCUUAUGUGAAAGACGGCCCGUGUGACGCACGUAGGUGUUCGUUUAGUUUUGCAAACUGUUCAACGGUACAAUUGUCAAAGUUGCAAAAUGACUUCGUUCGGUCGCGGUCGUGGGUGGUUUCUUCAGAAGAAAGAACAGGGUCUUCGUAGACCGGGAGGUGUAUUUUGCACCAAUGAUGCCGUUAAAGACAUAUUGAACAAGUUAAGUACCAACGGUACUUGUGAACAAAUCUCACCACAGCUGGUUCAGGAGAUCAUCGACGUGAUGACUAACGCGAGCAGCAAAGAGAACCUCAGAGAAACAUGCGACAUGCUUUGGAAACAAUCCGUGAUGAACGACACCUUCACCAUGAAGAUGGCGAUGGUAUUCAGUGAUAAUAAAGUUGCCCUCAUAGAAGAUACCAAUAAAGAGACCAUACGGUCUCGUUUCCUACGUUUUCUGCAGGAUAAUUAUAUGUCUAGGGAGAAAAAUAAAAUGGAGGACAAGAAGACAUUUGCAAAUAUUGUUUUACUUCAUGCAGAAGUUUACUAUCAUAUGAGACUGAAUAAUGGUAGUAGAUUGAAAAUAUUGGCUUUACCAUUGAUUCACUAUUUAGGAGAUUUGAUAGAAGAUAGUGUCGAGGAAGAAAGUAUUCACUUCAUCAUGAUACAGAUACUCAGAUCCGGUAAAAAUCUUUACACAGCGUGUCCGGAACAACUUGUGGAGUUUAUAAUAAAAAUUAAGCAAGCAUUGAUUAAAGAAAAGAGCGAACAUUCUCGAAAUCGUGCAAUGUUAUUGCUAGUGAUCGACUUAGCUAAUAACCACUAUGAAAUUAAGGACACACGCCUGAGGCAGCUUUACACUUCGAAUAUUAAAACGCUCAUUUUCGAAUAUCCAUUUUUCAAGAAGGAAUUAGAAGCGGACACAGAGACGAAGAUUGGAAAUGUUUUAGGCAAUGAUCUGCCAAAGAACAUGCAAGAAGUUGACAACGUCCCUCCUCAUCGAAUUGCAAAAGAAGAGAUGAACGAUCUUUGUAAUAAACAAAGCCAUCAUUCAAAGGGUCAUCAUGUUCCAAGAGCGAUACGUGGAACGGGUGCAUUAGAUACUAAAAAAGAAGAUGAUGUUAACACAAAGCUGAACUCCAUGAAGAUCACGUCUCCAAGGCAGAAGAACGCAGACUUCUGGGAUCAUGACGAUAGAUUUCACAAAGAUUACGAAUAGUGUGUGUGUGCAAGAAACGUUAUCCACUGACUUAACGAAUAAUUAUAAGUAAUAAAAAAAGACUACAACGAGGAUGUGGAAUGAGUGACAUAUAUUGAUUGGAAUGUCACAUACUGAUAAAUAUGGACGUGAUUAAAACAGCAGAAAAACAUAAUAGAUUUGUUUGUUCAGCUGUAUUUUUCCGCAGGUUUCGUCUUUUUAUAUUUCCGACACUUCAUUAUGUACUCCUUUUGAGUACACAUGAAGUGUACAGUCAAAGAAAGGGAAAAUAAAGCUACUCUUAUAUCUACAUUAAGGUAGAAAUAAACGUAGAUAUACUCUGAAUGUGAUA